CUCAGAAACUAUUACCCUCAACCCGUUGUGGACAUUUUUAAUCUCAGCAGUUUAUUACUCGACCAUCGCGGAACUGCAAAAAUAAUUUAUUAGCUCGCUUUCGGCAAAAAUAAAUGUGACUGAUGUUUUUUAUCCACUGGCUGUGUCAUUUUCAGUGUCGGGAAAAAUAAAAAACGAGAUCCAGUUCCUUGCCGAGCAUAUUAUACUGCGACUCAAGGAAGGGACUCCAUUCGAGCCUUGUUUUUAUUAUUCUGAGCUAACUGUCAACCAGAAAGCCACCUGUUUUAAACUUAAACGUCAAAAUGUCUUCAGACUUUGAAGCCUACGAGCAGGACUUUGGAACCAUUACAGCGGAAAUAACUAAUAAAAUUGGCAGAAUUCCUAAACUAAGUGGAGAGGAGAAGACACAGCUGGUUCUAAAUGUCGACAAACAGCUUGAAGAAGUCAGAGAGUUGCUGGAGCAGAUGGACCUGGAGGUGCGUGAGAUCCCGAUCCAGAGCCGAGCCAUGUACAACAGCAGGCUGAAGAGCUACAAGCAGGAGAUCGAGAAGCUCGAGAAAGACUUUAAAAGGUCACGCAUUGCCUACAGUGAUGAGGUGCGCAACGAGCUCCUGGGGGAUGACGCCAGCUCCUCAGAGAACCAGAGAGCGCAUCUGUUGGACAACACAGAGAAGCUGGAAAGGUCAUCACGGAGACUGGAAGCCGGCUACCAGAUAGCAGUAGAAACUGAACAAGUGGGUCAGGAGAUUCUUACCAACCUGCACAGUGACCGUGAGAAGAUCCAAAGAGCCAGAGAAAGGCUGAGAGAAACAGACGCCAACCUGGGCAAGAGUUCUCGCAUCCUCACCGGCAUGCUGAGAAGGUAAGAGGCAGGAUCAUCCAGAAUCGUAUCCUGGUCUUCAUCCUCGGAGCCAUCAUCCUUCUCACCAUCAUCCUGGCCAUCUAUUUCAAUCUGCGAGGCCACUGAUCUCCCCUCUGACACACACAAACGCACACACACACACACGCUCCCCCUGCCCCCGACACAAAUACAAACACACACACUCGUGAUUAAUAGCGACAAAAGCGUUGUUCUGCUGUAAUUAGGACAAAUGGUCCCCAUGAAUCACUGUUUCCAAAGCCUGACAGGGAGCUUUUUUUCCAUCUCUUUCCCCUUUCCUAUUUGCUGUUUCUUUCUCUCUUUCAUUCCCUCUCUACCCCCCAACACACACACACACACACACACACACACACACACACUUUGCUUCUCUUUCUUUCUUCCUUUUCUUUUCUCCUCUCAGUUUUGUCCUCCCUCUGUCAGGCCCUCUCUCACAUCUCCAGGGACAAGAAUCGGGGGAGAUGUUUUUAUUAGUUAAUAUUUUUCACGGUGUCGUCCUCAGUGUGGUGUUGCAGUCCAUCCUGUCCCCAGGUGAACAAGGCCUGGGGAUUUUUUUCGCAACUCAAAGCAGAUUCAGAUGGGUAGAUCUUUUUGUUUUUUUUCUCCAAUGGAGGUGGGUCAGGAUGUGCGCGUGCAUGCAUGUAUGCGCACAUGUAUGCAUGUUAGCGCAUGAGCAUGAGUGACAGUCACUGUCUGGGGGCCCACACUGUUUGUUUUUGACGCCAACAGUAGACACACAUGCUGUAGUAUGUAUGAGCUUCUGUAACUAAAUGAUUCAGCUGUUCGUAAUGUAGCCCCUCCACAGCACAGAGGACAGUGCCUUCAGAUGAGAUAUGCUGUUCAUACUCCUUCUUUAAAAAGCUCAGCAGAGCCCGAAAUAGACGAGUGGCGCCGCCUCGAAAAAGGGAGGAUGCGCAUGAAAAGUGGAGGUUCAUCUUCACUCAAUCAAGGUGAAGGUUUUGUUGUCUUCAGAGGAAAUUGUUUUCAGUUACAGCUUUCAGGAAAUUAUAUAUAAACAUUUCAAGAAGAUCUGAAUCAAAUCCUUUAAUACGAAAGGGAGCGGACCCCAACUUUGGCACAUACAAUACCGAGAAAGGUUUCUUCAGACAUUAUAACCCGCUUCAGUAUCCACAAUUCCCCUUCACCUCCCAAACACUCAUUUCCACAACUCGUUCCCAUGGACUUUUUAACCUAACCAUCAUUGUGGGAACUUGUAGACAUGAUACUGUAUGUACUAACAUUUAAAUCUACAACAUGUAUAGUGUUUUACUCUCAAUACAAGUGAUUCUGUUACUAUUUAUUUAUAAAUGCAUAAAUGAGUUUUCAGUUAAAGUUUCUGUGCUAGAGCUGUAUAUUUUAUGAUGUUAAAAGGUGUUCAGAAUUAACAUUAACAUUAGCAUUUUUUUUUCUUGAUUUUGGGUGUUCAGUGGUUAGACUAAAAUGCACCCGGACCAACUGAAACGAGUGGAUUUCAAGUUUUGUGUCUUUUUUUUUCUUCUUCUUCUGUUCUUAUAAAUGGAUCUAACUCGUUUUAGAACUUGUGCUUUUUCUUCUGCGUUUUUUCUUGUCAAGUUCUGAAGAUUGUGAUGCAGUCCUUGUGUCUGUGUUUAUCUGUACGCUGACUGAUGAUGUGAUACAUUUGCAGGUGUUUGA